AUGGCCAACAUGGACAACGAUAAGACCUCCAUAUCGCAUGUCGACGCGAUCGAAAGUGCGCCGGAGUCCGAUCACAGUGUCCAUUUGAAACAUGUCGACAGCGCGAAUGAAGAGAUAGUUCAGCAUCUUCAGACCACUGGAGAAGAAGUCGGAAUGACGUGGAGGAGUACCAUGGCUGCUAUUUCCAUGGGCAUGUGCUACAAUGCAUAUCUGUUCACGCUCUUGAUUCCACCCGCAAUCCUUAGCUAUAUCAACGCCGACCUUGGUCCCGACCCUAGGUAUACAUGGAUUACCAUCUCGUGGAAUUUGGGCGGAGCCAUGUUCGUCACGAUCGGCGGCCGGUUGUCCGACAUCUUCGGUCGCCGGUAUUUCUUCCUUGCGGGUGCUUCUACCUUGAUCAUCGGGAGCAUUAUCUCGGCAACAGGACAGAGCAUCGAACAAAUGAUUGCAGGUGGGGCCAUCUUCGGUGCGGGAUCCGGUUUCCUUGAGAUGUCCUUUGGUGCUGUUCAGGAAAUCGUGCCCAACCGGUACAGGCAUGUCACCAUCGGCCUUUUCGACGCUUCAUCCGUUAUUGCUCAGAUCAUGCCUCUGGUCACCUGGGUGAUCAUCAAAUACACGUUUAACUGGCGCAUUGCCUAUUACUGCAUGAUCGGCUUCCAGGCCAUCAACCUGAUCCUUCUCUGGUUCUUCUACAACCCGCCUUCCUUCAGGGAGAAGCAGGCGGAACACGGAAAAUCGAGAAGCCAAUUGCUGCGAGAGUUUGACUGGGUUGGCCUGUUCCUCUUCGUCGCUGGGUGCACGCUUUUUAUUGUGGGCGUCAGCUGGGGCGGCAGCCUCUACCCCUGGACUAGCGCGACUACACUUGGUCCUCUUAUUGUUGGUUUCAUGACGCUGGUUGGACUGGGCUUCUACGAGAGAUAUGCACCGCUUAAGGAACCUCUCUUCCCGCCUCGUCUGUUUAGGGCCACGCGACACUUCACUGUUCCAAUGUUCGUCAUGGCUAUCGGCGGAAUGCAGUACUACUCCAAUGCAACGCUCUGGAAUCGACUUAGCCAGCUCCUCUACGCCACUGACGAGAUCUCCAAAGGUCUCUAUGCCGAAGUCUUGCCCUUGGGCUCCGUCAUUGGUGGUUUCGUUGUCGCCUUUUCCAAAAAGAUCGGGCACCAGCGCUGGCAGGUCACUGGGGCUGUGGCUCUUCAAACUGCCUGCGUCGGCGCCUUGGCUACGGCCACCAUAGACAACCCCGUCAAGUCCAUCAUUCUCACCUUUCUAGUGUCGCUAACAACCUCCAUAAACCUACUAAAUGGCAUGGUGCUGGUUGGAUUUGGGAUUGUCUACCAAGAGGACAUAGGCACGGCUGCAGGCCUAGCGGGAACUUCUCGACUUCUCGCCGGCGCCGUCGCAACCGCCAUUUUUAGCAACGUAACGAACAACAAGUACGCGCAAGCCCUGCCCGCAGCCGUCCGCGCCAACGUCGAGACCUUCAAUCUCCCCGCCGCUACCCUCGCAAAACUCACCGCCGCAGCCAAAGCCGGUACCGCGGCAGCAUACAAAGCCGUACCAGGCAUUACUCCCGCGAUUCAAGCCGCUGCCGCUCUGGGGAACAAGCAGGCCUACCUAACCGGCGCACAUCUCGCGUACCAAGUCGCGCUGGCAUUCGGCUUGUGCGGUGUUAUUGCAGCGUUCUUCAUUCCAUCUGUUGACUCGAGGAAGUAUACGAAGAGGACGGUUGCAGUGCAGCAGCAGGAUCGCAAGGCGCUCGAGGAGAAGAAGAUGGCUGGCGCUGCUUGAUUUGGGGGAUUGUGCUUCG